AUGAGAAAGGUUUGGCCUUUGAAAGGUGCGAUCUCUCUUAUAUCGCUAGCCGAUGGAUUUUUCCUUAUUAAAUUCUCAUCCCAUGAGGAUUAUGAUGCUGUUUGGUCUGGGGGACCUUGGUUUUUACUUGGGAAACCAUUCAUUUUGCAACAAUGGUCUCCCAAGUUUAAGCCUAAACGGGAUGAGAACGCUUCCAUUCCUAUCUGGAUCAAGAUUGUGGAUUUUCCUUUGGCGCUAUGGACCCCAACUGGUAUUUCAAAGAUUGCAAGCUAUAUUGGUAUUCAUUUAACUGUUGAUUCUUUAACUGCUAAGAGAUCCUGUCUUACCUUCGCCCGAGUCUGUGUUCUCAUCUCCAAAGACUCACCUCUACCGGAUGAAAUAUCGUUGGAUAUUGAUGGUGAAGACUUAAUCCUCAAGGUUCUCUAUGACUGGAAGCCCACCCCUUGUGAAGGUUGUCGUUCACUAGUACACCCCUUCUCAAUCUGUCCCAGAAACCCAAACCCCUCUCCACCUGUUUUACUUCCUCCACGCCCUCCUGGUAGAAGCUCCAGCCGUCCACCCCGUCCUAACUCUAGACCUAACUCCAAACCUCCUUCUCAGCCUGCACUUAAUGUGCCUCUUCAACCUCUAACUCCCCUUCUUAACUCUUCAGUUAUUGCUACUCCCUCUGGGGAUGCUGCUCUUCUAAAUCAAAAUGGGAGGAUUUGGAUUAAAUGGGACCCUUAUUUUGUCUCCUUUUCUCCUACUUUCCUCUCUUCUCAACUCAUUCAUGGUGUUAUUUCCAUGGGAACCCUCCCUCCUUUUCAGAUUUCAGUCAUUUAUGCAACAAACAAUGUAGAUGAAAGGGCUUCUCUUUGGAAUAAGAUCAGGGAAUUGAUUCCUUCUUCGCCUCUUCCUUGGCUGGUUAUGGGAGAUCUGAACUGUUACAAAUUUCAUAAUGAAAAGGCUGGUGGUAAUCAUGUGCCUACUAGCAAACUUCAAGAGCUUAAUGGGACUAUUUUUGACUGUGGUCUGCAUGACCUUGCUUCCGUUGGGUUGUUUUUCACUUGGCAUAACCAAAGGGCUGAUGAGCCUAUUCACAUCAAGUUAGACAGGGUGAUGGUCAACUCCUGUUUUCUGGAUCAUUUUCCUUUGGCCCAUUAUAAGGUUGCUUCUCCUAAUGGAUCUGACCACUCUCCUCUUAUUACCUCCAUUGCUUCUAACAAUCAGUUUUUAUUUAAGAAUUACUGGACUUUCAUGGAUGGUUUUUGGGAAGAUGUCUUUACAGUUUUUUUUCAACCUUCUAAUAAGGGGCCUAUAUGUCAUCUUCACCAUUGCCUCCAAAAUCUCAAAGGUGCUUUAAAGAAAAGGGUUUGGGAUUCCUCCAACCAUUUAUCUAAUCAAAUUUUGGAGCUCAAGAAUCAACAGCUUAUUUGUUUAGAGCAAAUUCAAUUGAUGCCUUUGGACCCAUCUUUGAAUUCUUCUUUAAAAAUUAUAAACAGCAACCUUACUAGCCUUCAAGCCUCUUGGGCUUCUUGGGUUUCCCAACGUGCUAAAGCUAACUGGCUUUCUCAAGAUGUUGAUGACUUAGGCUUCUUAUAUGCCAAGAUUCGUGCAAGGAGGAACCACAACAAUUUAUUUGAAAUCACUGAUGAUCAAGGGAUUCAUGCUACCCCUCAGGAUAUUGCUUCUGCAUUCAUUCCACACUUUAAAAACCUCUUCAACGCUUCAAAACCAAUUAAUGCUGAGAACUUCUCUAUUAAUCCUGGUAUUUGCAUCCCUCAAAACAUGAUGGAUCCUCUGAUUACUCCUUUUACUUAUGAUGAGAUUAAGCUGGUGAUUUUUAGUGGGUAUGACUCUUCUGCUCCGGGGCCUGACGGAUUCACCUUUGCCUUUUUUAAGAGAACUUGGCAUAUUUCUGGACCUGUCAUUUGUAAUGCUGCCAUGGAAUUCCUUAACUCCGGUUACUUACCUAGGAGUGUCAAAGCCACGGCUUUGGCUCUUAUUCCUAAAGGAGCCCAUGUUUCCUCUAUUUCUGACUUCCUCCCCAUUUCAUUAUGCAAUGUGUUGUACAAAUUCAUGGCUAAGCUGGCGGCUAAUAGACUUAAGUUGUUUUACCUACUAUCAUUCAUGAAAGCCAAAUGGGGUUUAUCAAAGAUCUUGGACAUUCUCAAAGCCUUUGACACUGUUUCUCACGACUUUCUUUUUCAAAGGCUUAGGCAGAAAGGUUUUCCGGAGUUAUUCAUUAAAUGGGUCAAAGGAUGCAUCUCCAAUGUUUUCUUCUCCAUCUGCAUUAACGAGGCUUUGAAUGGCUUUUUUGGUUCCUCCUUUGGGUUAAGACAUGGUUGCCCCUUAUCUCCACUUCUUUUCUGCAUUUUUAUGGACGGCUUCUCUUGUACCUUGGAGAACGGUAACACUCAAUUCAUUGGGCCUCAAAUGAAAAAUCUUUCCAUUACGCACCUUCUUUAUGCUGAUGACGUUUUAGUGUUUGGAAAGGCCUCAUCUUUUAAUGCUCAUACUCUUGCUAAAGCCAUUUCUAUUUUCUCUAAUGCAUCUGGCCUCUUUAUUAAUCAAGCAAAGAGUUCUAUUAUUUUCUCUAAGGAUGCUGCUAAUACCACUGCCAUUUGGUUUCUUUUUCAUGGCAAGAUUAAUGAUAGAAAGCACCAUCUGAUUUCAUGGAGUGCCACUGCCAUGCCUACCAGAUUGGGGGGGAUUGGUAUUCCUUCUGUUGAUGCUCUUAUCUAUGCCAACCACUGUGCUUUUAUUUGGAGAUUCUUUACUAGGGAAAAUUUGGCUAUGGCUUGGUUUAGAAAUAAAUACAUUUCACCUUGGAAAUCUCUUAUUUCUACAUCUUCGAAAUUCUGGAGAAAGGUGCAUGAAACUGCUUUCACUAUUAAAGGGAAAUUUUCUUUUAAACCAUCUAGAAAUUGCAAUUUAUCUAUGGAAUGGGAUCAUUGGUGCAAUGAUAAAGCUCUUAUAGAUAUUAUGCCUUCUUUCAAAUUUGAGAAACAUUACGUGCAAUGCUACACUGACUUACAUGGCUGGAUAUUACCACCUCACAUCCCGACCUUGGUGCUUACUGAGAUUAUGGAUGUGCAUUUUUCUGUACAACUGAUUGUUUCUUGGAAUGGCUCUAUUAAACCUACCUCUCAACUUUUUACAACAACUAUUUUGGAGCUUUUGAGGAGGUUAUUUGGCACAAAUUUAUUUGGCAUAAGAAAAAAUCUCUACGAUUUUCUUCUUAUGCCUGGAUGA